AUGAUAACGUUUGCUACUGGUGCUUCUAGUGCAAAUACAAAUCAGUUAAUAGGCUUCAGUAGUACAACUCCUCAAAUGUUUUCCAAUGUCUAUCAACUUGGUUCAAAUUCAAUAGUAUCUGGACAGACUACUCCGUUUGUUUUAGGAUCUUCUGUUUUAACAACUUCAUUUCAACCUACAAAUAAUCUUAUUCGCCCUCAACUUCGUCUACCUGCCUCAAAUAUUCUCACUGGUUCACCAAAUAUUAUGAUUGGAAAUUAUCCUGCUGGUUUUACUUUAAAAACAGCCCCGGUACAGACAGUAGGCAGCGUAAAUUCAAUCCCUUUCACUCCGACUUUCGCUUAUCAAUAUCCUGGAAACUUUACAUAA